AUGAAGUGCUCGUACCUCUCAUCGUCGUCGACUCCGUGCUGGAUGGACAAAGGUAGCAACGCCUGGAUGAUGGUGGCAGCCAUUCUCGCGGGACUGGCAACCAUGCCCGGGCUCCUACUUCUCUACAGCGGCAUCGCGAGGAAGAAGUGGGCCGUCAACACCGCCUUCCUGACCCUCUACGCCUUCACUGCCUCUCUCAUCUGCUGGGUGACGAUCUGCCACAACUUAGCCUUUGGAUCACACCUCCUUCCCUUCUGGGGGACCCCUGGACCUGUUCUCUACACCAAGUUCCUUCUCAGCCGUAGCCACCACCCGGCUACUCACCAGGACCUCGACUUCCCUUCGGCAACCAUGGUGGCCUUCCAGUUUGGCUUCGCGGCUAACUCCGUGGCCAUUGUAUCCUCUGCGGUCUCGGCUAGAAUCACCUUUCAGGCCUGGGCGGUCUUUGUCCCACUGUGGCUCAUUUUCUCCUACACUGUUGGAGCGUCCAGCAUCUGGAGCGGUGGUUUUCUCUCGCGGUGGGGAGUCUUGGACUUUGCAGGAGGCUACGUUGUCCAUCUCUCGGCAGGCGUAAGCGGCGCUGUUCUUGCUCACUGGGUUGGUCCUCGGCAUCCAGUCGAUCGAGCACGGUAUCCGCCAAAUAAUGUGAUGCUCGUGCUCGGUGGAGCUGGCCUGGUCUGGAUGGGAUGGAUCGGAUUCGCUGGUGGAAGUGCCUUCCUUUCUCCACAACAGGCUUCGUUGGCUGUUGUAAAUACCAAUAUCGCCGCUGCUACAAGCCUCUUAGUGUGGACUUCUCUCGACGUUCUCUACCACGGCCAGCCUUCGGUUCUUGGCGCUGUUCAAGGACUCAUGACUGGUCUCGUUGCAAUCUCUCCAGCGGCUGGAUUGUGCUCUGGAAGUCUGCCUUGGCUGACUCGGCUGUGCCACCAGAAAACUACCGCCAAGUUUUGCGAAGAAGUGGAUGAUACUGCCGGUGCUGUUCAUACUCACGGAAUAGCAGCUCUGAUAGGAGGCCUCCUUACCGGAUUUUUUGCUCAUCCCCGUCUAACAGCUUUGGUUUCCUCGGUAUCCGGCUCGAAAGGCGUCAUCUUUGGAAAUUUCCAGCUAGUACUCAAGCAGCUUGCUGCAGCUUUGCUAGUAAUUCUGUGGAACGUUGCUGUGACCACCCUCAUCUGCGUCGUUGUGAAAAGACUGAUGAAGCUAAGAAUGUCUGAUGACCAACUGCGCAUUGGCGACGAUGCUGUUCACGGAGAAGAGGCUUACGCUGUUUGGGAGGACGGUGAGAAAACAACACUUUGA